AUGGUUGAUCCGCGCCUGAAACCGACGGGUUAUGUGACCCUGGGCAAAUUGCUGGGCGCGGCGCGUGAAAUCCCACUGACAGAUUUGUGCGAAGACACCUUCCGCCCGAUCCGCGUGACCCAGCCGGAAGAAGAUGUCGCUUAUGCAUUCAACCAGUACCACCUGAUUUCCGCCCCUGUUGUGGAUGAAGAUGACCGUCUGGUUGGCGUCAUCACCAUUGAUGAUGCGAUGGCGGUUCUGGAUGAAGAACAUGAAGAAGACAUCCUGCGUCUCGCCGGUGUGGGCGAAGCCACCAGCCUGUCUGACCGCGUGAUUGAAACCACUAAAACCCGUUUCCCAUGGCUGUUUGUCAACCUGAUCACCGCGAUCCUGGCCUCUCUGGUGAUCGCCCAGUUUGAAGCCACCAUCGCGCAAUUUGUUGCCCUGGCGGUUCUGAUGCCCAUUGUGGCGUCUAUGGGCGGGAACGCCGGCACUCAGGCGCUCACAGUGGCGGUGCGGGCGCUGGCGACAAAAGACCUUACCAGUUCCAACCUCUGGCGGGUGAUCAAACGGGAAGCCCUGGUGGGGCUGGCCAAUGGCCUGGCCUUUGCCCUGAUCAUGGGCGUGGUUGGCUGGAUCUGGUUCGGACAACCGAUGUUGGGCGCGGUGCUGGCGAUUGCCAUGGUGGUGAACCUGGUGAUCGCGGGGCUUGCGGGCAUUCUUGUGCCGGUCUCGCUGGAAAAACUUGGGGUCGAUCCGGCGCUGGCGUCGGGGGCCUUUGUGACAACUGUGACCGAUGUGGUGGGCUUUUUCGCCUUCCUGGGUCUUGCGGGAUGGAUGCUAUUAUGA